CUCUCUCUCUCAAAAGCUCUUGCUCUUCUUCUGAUCCCCACCAAGAAGAUAUGGGGAGCAACGGAGGAGGCCGCCGCGGCCUCCUCCUCCUCCUCCUCUAUCUCUUCCCGUUGAUCUUGUGCCUCCUGCUGUCGCGUCUGUCGGAGGCCGGCGCGUCGGGCGGAGGAGGCGGGGGGACGACGCCCCCCGUCGUCGUCGGGUACGGAUACACGGUCCGGUCAGCCGCCAUCAACCCGUCGGGAACGGUGUUGACCGCCAAGCUCCGCCUCAUCGGCCGGACCUCCGUGUACGGGCCGGACGUCGAGAACCUCCGCCUCGUCGCCAGCUUCGAAGCCGGCGGUCGCCUUCGAAUCCGGAUCACAGACGCCAACCACCGCCGAUGGGAAGUCCCCGACGACCUCAUCCCCCGCCGAUCUCCCUUCGUUCCCCACAGGUCUCUCGCCGGACAAGCCCUAAGCCUGCCGCCGCCGCCGCCGUGCCGCUCCCGAUGCCGCAUCUCCGCCUCCGACCUCGUCUUCGUCCUCCGCAACACCACCCCCUUCUCCUUCGCCGUCUCCCGCCGAUCCCCCGGCGACGUCCUCUUCGACACCUCCGCCUCCGACCCCUCCGCCUUCCUCGUCUUCAAGGACCAGUACCUCCAGCUCUCCUCCUCCCUCCCUCCCCGCCGCUCCUCCCUCUACGGCAUCGGUGAGCACACGAAGCCGUCGCUCCGUCUCCAGCCCAACCAAACCCUAACUCUUUGGAACGCCGACAUCGAAUGCUUGAACCUCGAUGUCAACCUGUACGGGUCGCACCCGUUUUACAUGGACGUCAGGUCGUCCGGGGGCGGCGGCGGCGGCGGAGCUGGGGCGGGCACGAGCCACGGCGUUCUGUUGCUGAACAGCAAUGGCAUGGAUGUGGUGUACACUGGCGAUAGGAUCACUUACAAGGUGAUCGGUGGGGUGUUGGAUUUGUAUUUCUUCCCUGGGCCGUCACCGGAGGCGGUCAUGGAGCAGUACACCGAGCUCAUUGGCCGGCCGACCCCAAUGCCGUACUGGUCCUUCGGAUUUCAUCAAUGCCGGUACGGUUACAAGAAUGUCGCAGACCUAGAGGGCGUGGUAGUUGGUUAUGCAAAGGCUCAUAUUCCACUGGAAGUUAUGUGGACUGACAUUGAUUACAUGGAUGCAUACAAGGACUUCACUCUUGACCCUAUCAAUUUUCCGGUGGAAAAGAUGAAAGAAUUCGUCAGCAGCCUUCACAAGAAUGGUCAGAAAUAUGUUCUGAUACUUGAUCCAGGCAUUAGCGUGAAUGAGACUUAUGGGACCUACAUCAGGGGAAUGCAAGCCGACAUCUUCAUCAAACGUGAGGGAGUCCCAUAUUUAGGUGUUGCUUGGCCGGGGCCAGUGUAUUUCCCUGACUUCUUUCACCCGUCGAGCGAGAGUUAUUGGGGUGAUGAGAUAAAGAGGUUUCACGAUGUUCUUCCUUUUGAUGGCCUAUGGAUCGACAUGAACGAGCUGUCCAACUUCAUAACUUCUCCACCUCUUCCUUCCACUCUCGACAAUCCUCCCUACAAAAUCAACAACGCAGGAGUUCAUCAGACAAUUAACUUCAAUACUACUCCUGCGACGUCAUAUCAUUUUGGUAAUAUUUCAGAUUAUAAUGCUCAUAAUCUAUAUGGACUCCUGGAAGCCAGAGCAACAAACAAGGCCUUAGUCAAUGUUACUGGUAAAAGGCCAUUCAUUCUCGCGAGAUCAACUUUUGUGAGCUCUGGUAAGCACACUGCACACUGGACUGGAGACAAUGCUGCCACAUGGAAUGACUUGGCAUACUCAAUUCCUGCAACUUUAAAUUCUGGGCUCUUUGGAAUUCCAAUGGUAGGAGCUGAUAUAUGCGGUUUCGCUCAUGACACAACCGAAGAGCUCUGCAACCGAUGGAUUCAGCUAGGGGCCUUUUAUCCCUUUGCAAGAGACCACUCUGAAAUCUAUACUAUUCGUCAAGAGCUCUAUCUCUGGGAAUCGGUCGCCACAUCUGCCAGGAAGGUGCUCGGGCUUCGUUAUCGCCUGCUCCCAUACUUGUAUACCUUGAUGUAUGAGGCAAAUAGAAAGGGGAUGCCCAUUGCCCGGCCCCUAUUUUUCUCAUUCCCGGAGGAUAAGAUAACUUACGAUAUCCAUUCCCAAUUCUUAAUUGGUAAGGGUGUGAUGGUGACUCCUGUACUAAAAUCAGGUGCCCAAACCGUGGAUGCUUAUUUUCCGAGUGGAAGCUGGUUCGAUCUCUUCAAUUACUCAAAUUCAGUGAGUACAGCUUCAGGAAUGAAUGUGAUGCUCGAUGCGCCACCUGAUCAUCCUCAUUUGCAUGUAAGGGGAGGUAAUAUAUUGGCCAUGCAAGGAGAGGCCAUGACUACGGAAGCAGCUCGGAAAACGCCAUUCGAGCUCUUAGUUGUGGUUGAUGGGAAUGGGAAUAGCUCAGGGCAAGUGUUCUUGGAUGACGGAGAAGAUGUCGAAAUGGGAGGGGAAGGAAAUAAGUGGACUUUGGUGAAGUUUUAUUGCGAGAAAACAAGGAAUGAUGUCACUGUCAGAUCAGAAGUUGUUAAUGGGGAAUUUGCUCUGAUGGAGAAGUGGGUAAUUGAUAAGGUGACAAUUCUAGGAUUGAGAAAAGAAACUAGGAUGGCCAGACUGAGAGGACAUGAGUUAUACAAUGAUGUAGAAGCAAAGUCCGGACAGAGAACAGUGAAAACAGUGGGAAAAUCAAGUGAAGGUGAAGAAUUUGUGAUUGCUGAAGUCUCGGGAUUGUCACUUCUGUUGGGAAAGGAAUUCAAGUUGAAAGUGAAAUUGAGCCAAUCUUAAGACAAAACAUUAUCAGGAGGGUGUAAUAAAGAACCAAAGCAUGUCUCCAAUAAGUUUUUGUGUGUUUCCAAAAGGGAAAAGCACAUCAGUAUCAAGCCACUUCCUUUCCAUCAGUGGCUCUUUCUUUUCCCCAUUCUAAUGGGAUUGUGCAGCUUCUGAGCUGGUUAAGAUUCCUAGAUAAAAUUUCUUAUGUUUUCUUGAGAGUGAAAAUGAUACAAACGGUCCUUAAAUUUUUUGCCCAA